AUGAACAGUUUAUUUUUAGUAUUUCUUAUCACUAUACUGACGAAUGAGGUAUAUCUAGCAAGCUAUAACCAGAAAAAUGAUUAUCAUUAUCAACCUUCAGCAAAAGUUACUCGCGCUGGCAACAUCGUUAAAACGUUUUUUUCAUUUUUUAAAGAUGGUAUUAUAUGGCUUCUCAAUGGCAUAAAAGAUGUCUUCAAGACCUUUGUGUUCUUCGACUGGUGUAAAUUAACAAGUAGUCUUAAAAACAUAUCUGAUGCAUUGGUAAAAGCAAAAGGAGAUCUCGACAAUGGUUUUGAUGAUGUCGAUGAUGAUCAUGAGUGUAACGCGCCUGGUUCCUCUGUUAUUAUGGUUGUACCUAAUGAAGGAAGCUGUAAUGAUUGCUUUUCAGAUUGCAAACCCGGAAAGCAGCGACCGGAUUAUUGCCGCGAUAAAACUGACCCCCAAAAAAUGACUGUUAUUAGUGAUUUAUCACCGACACCGCCGAAUUGGGAUAUAGACGAAAAUGAAGAAUAAGUAACCUCUUACGUUUAAUCACCGC